UAGUUUGUAAUCAGUGUGUUGAGGAAGAAACCCGUAUGACUUCGUGAGCGCCAAAUAGGUGGAUUCAUUUCUCCAUAUAAACAAAUCAAAUCCCCAUUUGUGAUUGCAACGCAAGAAAAUGAUGGAAAUUUUACAGGAUGAACUGAUAGCCGAAAUUCUGAAAAGGGUACCGAACCAGGACCUCUUGCGAUGCACUGAAGUCUGCAAAUCUUGGUAUUAUCUUCUCAAAUCCUCUUUUUUCAUUUUCCGUACCCAUCUUCCCCAUAUUCAAGCUUCAAACCCGAACCCGCAUUUAGUCAUUAGCUGCCGCUAUUUGAAAAAUGGGAAAUAUGUGAUGUCAUUUCACGAUGAUAAUACUGAAGAGUUCAGUGAGUGCCAUAUGCCUCGUCAUUUCUAUUCCAAGUCCGAAUUAGGUAUCUUUGCCUCUUGCAAUGGCCUUCUUUUAUUUUACGAACCUGACUAUCUCCUAUGGAAUCCAUCCAUUGGCAGAUCUCUAAGCCUUCCAAAACCAGAAUUGAAAAGAUCCUCGGGGGAUGUAUUAUCUUGUCUAGGUUUUGAUUCCACCACUAAUGAUUUCAAACUGUUAAGGAUAUUGUGUCAAAUUGUUUGUUCAAACCGUAGGUCCGUUGUUGUUGAGGCUGAGAUUUACUCUCUUAAGGCAGCUUCUUGGAAGAAUAUUACUCAUAUUACACCACAAUACGAAAUCCCAUAUCAUCUUGGCUUUAAACCUCAGUGUAUACCCUUUGUUAACGGUGCAUUGCAUAUGAUUGCUGGUGAUUUUCGUACUAAUGAUACGGGCAGGAGUUUGGUGCUUGUCUUUGAUGUCAAAGAUGAAAUCUUUCGCGAAAUCUUUUUGCCCCAGUGUUUGCAGAACGCUCGGCUUGAUGCGUUGUUUGUUAUCGCAUAUGGACAAUCAAUUGCAGUUGUUCAUAUUUACGAAUCCACUAUUAGGAAUGAUAUAUGGGUGAUGAAAGAGUAUGGCGUGUACGAUUCAUGGACCAACUUAGGCAAGGUGCAGAAUGGAGAAGAGAAAGGAAUAGUUGCAAUGUUCUUGAGGAAGAAUGGGCAAUUCAUGAUAGAUACUGGUUUGGGGGAAAUUUAUUCAUUUGAUUUUGCUGCCCAAAGCUUCGUAGAUCUCUUCCCGGAUUUGGAGGAAAUGGAGGAAACUGAGGAAAUUAGUUCUACUUCUGUUUUUACCUAUAUGGAGACCCUAGCCUUACUUGAUAGAGGCAACUUUGAAGAUGUUACAGGCGAGUCGCAGAAUUUAGGAGCUGCAACUAAUUAACUUGGUUUAUAUGAUGCGCUGAAGGAGAAGCUGUAAUAGUGGAGGAAGGUAAAUUUGUUCAACUUCCGUGCUUCAUAGUCUCUCAUGGAGUGAUUAAUACAGCUAACAUUUUUUCUUUCUCAAAUGCAAGUAAGGAGGAUUUGAAUUUAAUUUUUGAGUACUUUCAGCUGCUGUUGUGGCUCUCUUUUUUCGUAUGCAUAUGUCAUUUGAAGUCGACUCUAUGUCAUUUGGCUAUUACAUUGCUAAUCACAAUGCAACUAACGUGUUGUUUAUCAUGAAUCAAGGCGCGGAACUUGGGUACCUUAGUUCUGUUUAUGCUA